UGUGUCAAUUACGGCGUAGAGUUUUUUGUGGGAAAAGGUCGAUACUUUACGCGAUACAAACAAGAGUGAAAAAUAGUGAUAUUCUGUGUUAAAGGAUUUUUAUUUAGUAGAGCAAUCUAUCUGAUUGUUUUUAAAGGGUGUCCUUUUCUUUUGACAUGGGAAUUUGGAUGUGAUUGAUGAAAUCAACUGUAUAUUGACCCAAUUCUCUAUCUGAUGUGAAGAUAAGAUUCUAAACGGAUGUUGAAACUUAUUUAGAAAUUUAAUUAAUUUUGAAUAUAUAAUCUAGGUCAUCUGAGGGUAGAAGCGCGGUUCUGGCAGCUAAAUGUGUUAUUGGACGAGGGGAGGGGCACAUGGCUUAACCUAAUGAUGUGGCCCUCAGCAGUUCCACUUGUGACCGUGGGGCUUUCCCUUUUACUUCUGACGGGGAAUGGCCUUGCAGGGUCACAACCAUGUAAAAUUUCCUUUCCAAUGAAUACUCAGUACAUCUCGGCUUACUAUGACACGGUCAUUCAAGGGAAGGGGUGUACUAGCAAUGCUACAACUAACAGCUCUGCAGAGGUUCACACCAUCAACCUUCUUAAUGCUGGCCCAGUGUUCAGGAAUGACAUGGCAGAAGUGAAUUUGUUGAUCAAAUCUCGAAUUGAGGAGAAAGCAUAUUUGGAGCCCUUCGUAUACGUAUUGAACUCGAGGCAGCCCGUAAGAUGGAAGAUCCGGACGGAUAUUACCCUGGCAUCAAAGAGACGGCAUCUCUUUGUGAUUCCGUCCUAUUCGAGUAUCCGCCUUGUUAGUAAUGGUCAGAAAAAACAAGUGAGGAAGAAUACGAUGCCGCAAGACACCGUGGCCCUGAUGUCAUGGGUCAAGACCGAGUUCAAGGCCCUGACGUCGUACACUGAGCUCCGGAGAGGAAACCAAAUGACACUGAGUGUUGGACUAGAUAAAAAUGCAGCAAGUGAUUGUGUGAUACAGGAAAACUCUUCGCAGAAGUUGAACGUGAUGGCAAAAUUUGAACAACCCCAGCUCUCCUCUGGCUGCAUUGUACCUCAAACUGAUAUCUCCAGGGUGGCUUACAUUAUUGAGGUAGAACAAGUGAGCAGGGUGUCUAACACCUCAGCUGCCAUUGAAGCUCACCUGGAUAUCCGAAGCAUGUCAAAGAAGAGGAUUCAGAAGGACUUCUGGCUGGUCCUAAAGUCCCCGGACCAUGUCAACUGGAGAGUGUCCACUCACAAGCUACAGGGAUACAUAGAUAUUGUGGCCAAUAGCUAUGUGGACAUGACGCGUAUUAGGAUGGACCCAGUAAAUGUGAGGAGGGACGAGAUUUCCGCGACCAAUCAGGGACUGGUCCGCUGGGUGGAGGAUUACCUGGGACCAGUGGCGAUGUACACCAAGGUCAACCUGGCCAAUAAAAUCAAACUGGUCUUACCCGAUACAGCCAGCAGCAACUCUCCUAAGCUGAACCCUACUCACAUUGACCCAUUUUCUGUCCAAGGAUACACUAAGACAGUAAUCCGGAGGGUGUUACGGACAGAAUGUGAUGGAACAGGACGAAUUACUGUGCACAUGAUCAAGUCCGUCAUGAAGAUUUUCAAUCUGUCCAGAAAACAGAUCACCCUUUUGGAUGAUGACUGUAUAGGAGCUGUAAACAAGAAGGAGUUGGUGUUUACAGCGAUGCCACAAACCUGUAAAACAUCUGUGUCACACAAAGGAGACCAGUCUCUCUACACAAAUGCAAUUGUGAUCCACAAAGAGGAGGUGGACGGGGGACUGUACGACCAGCCGAGCGGACUCGGGAUGAAUGACGUGGACGAGGGGGAGGACGACUUCGGAGUGGAGGGGUCCGGGCAGUCCAUCAUGGACGGGACUUACCUGGACGAUGAGGACUUGAACCACACACCAGACAAAAUAGAGAUCCCCAUCCGCUGCACCGCACCUAGGAGAGCGGAAGAUGAGAUUGCACCUACUACAAGUCGCCCACGGAACAUCAGUUACUGGGACCCGUCCUCUGACGUUCAUUACAGUAUCGUCCUGUAUAAAUCCUCACACUACACUGACCCACUACAUACCUUCCCUCUAGCCCUGCCGGCCAAUAGCAGGGUCUACGCCAAGGCCAGCAUCGAAGCAGAUCAAUCUUUGAGGGUUGUGGUUCAGAAUUGCUGGAUUUCUCAUACUCACGACUCCCCACCCAGUCUUUGGCUCAUCAGGGACGGCUGUCUGAAGGACAAGAACGUGCGUCGUCAGCCUGGUAUACUCCGUAGUCUGACCCAGAGCGAGAGAUUCAGUUUUAAGCUGAGUAAUGCGACUCCGUACCACUUCUUGAAGUGUCAACUGAGCAUCUGUCAAAACUGGCAGACCAAAAGCAACAAAGAUAUUCCAAUGUGUAAUUCAGAGGAGAAGAUGUGUGACAGUGAGAGCCCUAUAGCCAUGAUGAAGGAGAUCACUCUUGGUCCACUGUACGCCACCAACUCCUUACCACCCCCCGACGAAAAGGAGCUGGACCCUCCUAACUCCACUAUCAUAAGAGAACCACAUGUGAACAUUGUCAAUCGACCCUCAGAAAGCAAGACCUCGGAGAAAUCUAACAGAAGUCAGACGGUUGUGGUGGAGGGUCUGGACUCGGGGACAGUGAUUGGAAUCGCUUUUGCAGCAUUCAUCAUCGGAGUCCUGCUGGUGUCUGCUCUGUGGUUUAUUCACACUCACACAACCCCAAUAAAGCAUGCUGUGGCCUCUCGAGCAGUAUUGGAUGGAAGUGGUGAAUCAACGCCAAUGUCAACAGCACCACUACAAAUCAACUCGUAGCACCGCUGGGGGGAGGCACAAAGGGGAUAACUACUGCUUUAGCAAUGUAAAUUCAAGCAAAGCAAGGUAUUCCUAAAACAUGAUUUUGGCAUGUUCCAGUGUACAUGCAAAACAAUUCUCUGUUAACUUCUGAGUAUUAUUUGUGUGAUAUUAAGCAAGCAAAAAAGUGUUAACUGUGACAGAAAUGAACUAAGAGAUGCUACAUGUACCAUGGAGUCAGUAUUGUUAUGGAUCCAAGAGAAAAAAAAAAGAACCAUGUUCAAAAUGGAGGUACAUUACACACAAUGAUCAGCACCACAGCUUAAACCAAAGAAGAGGAUAUUUUGUGGAUUCUAGCCCCUCCCUGGGGGGUCUCUCAGGAUAUUAGCAGCACCUGUUAGCUGUGUUGGCUAAUGGCAGCCAAAAUUAUUUUGGAAGUUAAUAUUUUGAAAACAAGUAGACAUGUUGUAUGAUAGUUAAUGUAUUUAAUUAUGGAGGGUUCCUGCCUCGAGUCUUUAAAAUGGCCACAAAUUUGGUGAACUUUCUAUUGAUAUAGAGAUUCCCAGAUGGAAAAGAAUGGGAGAAGCUUCAAGUUUCUUGGAAUCAGAUUUUAAACUAAGAAAGUUUUUUCACCAAAAUGAAACAAACACAAAGCUAGAGCAAGUUAGCAUUAGGAAUAAAACUGUCUUUGUUUUGUAAAACGGGUAAAAUAGGUGAUUAUUGAAACAUGGCCAGGCAAAUCUGUUUGUUAAGCUCCCAUUGGAUACAUUGUAGACGGUACAUAAUUAAUUCAAUGUCUAUCAUAUCAUUUGCUGAAUGUUUCUGUUAGCUACAUUUAUUUCUAAUAUGUGCCACAUUUUGUUAUCGUUUUGUAAAUUAUUUAUUUAUUCUUUCAAAAUAAUCAGGAUGAAAAUGUGACAGGUAUAUCUUUGUAUGAAUAUAGGCAUUCUGUACUUAAAAAAACCCAUCUUCUAUCCAGUGAACUUAUGGAAGAGAAGAGGAAGUUAUUUAGUCUCUAUACCUCAUCUAACUUUAAAACCCUUCAGGUUUCAAACUUAAGCUCAUUAUUUAUGCAAUAUUGAAAGGUCAGGGAAACUGGAAGGUCAGGGACACUUUUGUGCCUUUGCAAAAUAAAUAGGGGGAAGGGAUCUAUGUUUUGAAUGACUAAGAGAGACAGAGUCAUGUUAAAUUUGAUUCUGGGGAAAAAAGAAUUAUUUAAAAGUAAUGGAGAACAUGAAAUGUAUUUAAAAUUUCAGAAAACAAUUUUUGAAGGCAAGAAAGAGGGUUUGUUAAUAAUUUUGGCAAGUAAAAAUUGCUUUAUAAGUGUUUCUCUAAGAACAAACAUCUUGUAGCUUGUUCUUUGAUUACCUCAGUAUAUCAUAUAAACGCAGGGAAACUGUUAAACUGUUAACUUGCUCUAGCUUUGUGUAAAGCAUUAAUUGCAGUUAAAGAAGUGAUCUGGAUGAUCUUUUGAUGUAAAUAGAUAUUUUAUUGGUGUUUCAUGGUAAUAUACUACAUAUAUAUCUGUAUGUUUUUAAUUGUAUCGCGACUAUUAUCACCAUGAAUACCAGUGAAUAUGAUACAAACUGUAAACACUUGAGUGAUAAUCUGUAACCAUUGAAACUCUUAUUUAUUUAGAAUGUCAGAGUGGAGAAUUUGUCUGUGAUGAUUUUAAUGUAAAACAUAUUUUUAACCUAGAAUGGAUCUGAAUCAUAGUGCUACUUGUCUUUGUUGGCAGGUAUUUGGUGUAUAUUCUUUCAAAAGGAACUCGGAAUAGUGCUAAAUUGUCAUUUUUACAGGAGUCUAGUGCUAUUUUAUUGGAGAAUAUAUUCUCUAAGCCAUGUUGGUAUACCAGAAUUCUUGUUCAAUGGAUUAAAAAGAAAUGUUUGUAUUUAUAACCAAACUGAGCAAAAUUUAAUGGGUUAUAAAACAUUACCAUGCAUGUAAGAUCUGUCUUCGGGUGGAAAUGAUUCUCUCCUCUCUUAUAUUUUUUUGUUGAUGUUUAUUUUAUAUUAAGUUGAGACUUUGUAAAUAUGAACUGCCUGUAGAAUUUCAUUAUGUAUCUUUAGACCUGUAGCAUGCCGAGUCUAUUAUUAAGGGAGGCUGCUUUAUGUCGGGGGAACAAAGAAGGGGGCCCCCACGGUUGUUACUGAUGUCUGUGUUGUUAUUUUGUUGUUUAUGAACAGUUGUUUGUUGGGUAUUAUUAUUCUAAGUGCUGUGUGUGACAUUUUUAUUACCAAUGCAUUAUGAUUUGUUUUUUGUUUAAGUUUUUUUUUAAUGAAGAUGAAAAUUAUUGACAAUUAGAUUAUAUCCCUACUCUCCGGGAGUACACUGUAUUUGGUUAGUAUUUGCAUUUAUUUUUAUAAAAUGGAUAGUUAUAGUAGGAAACUUACAUUUUAUGUUGUCAAAUUGACACAGUUAUGCCUGUGUUGUUUGAUGAUGAAACUGAACUAAGACUGUUUCUAACUGAGAAGACCAGUUAUAUGAUCUUUUUUUUUUAAAUUUAGAGAUGAAUGUCUUAUAUGAAGUAAACACACUUCUUAUAUGGUAUUUAUGUUUCGUUUAAGCAUUUACAUUUUAUUUUGUAAUAGAAACUUAUCAUUUAAAAUAUAGAUCUGUUACACAUUUUCGAAAUUUUAAGUUUGAUAUAAAGAAAAAUUUAAAGUUCAGGAUGUAUUUGUUCUAGGCAGUUGUAAGCAGCAAUAUUUUUCACAUCACCAAAUUUUCAGUCAGAUCAUGUAUGGGAAAACUUUAAUAUUGAAUUAGCAUUUCAUUCAUAAGAAAGACUGAAGUUAAAACACACACAUAUAUUUAUUGUUAAAAGGCAGCAUAAAUUUUGUAUGUUACAGUGGUCACUUAUAGAGAACCUUUCAUGUAGCUUAAUCUUGAAUUGGAUCACUACAGAUAACUGGUACAUUUGUUUUGUCUGUCUGUUUGUUUGUUUCUGUAUUUGCACUGCAUUAUAUUCUUGUGUCACAGUGGUUUAUUUUUUGGUCAAUACGUCUACCUCAGUUUUCAUUUGGGUGCUGUUUUUAAAGCACACAUUUCAAUAUAACCAUUUUAUAAAUAGUUCACAAAAUAUGCAUUGCACUAGUGUUUCUCAUUUUUGAACUUCUUGCAAGGAGAUGGCAGUGAAUUAAAAUUUCUUGCAUUAAAAUACUGUUAAUAUUACUGGGUACUGUCUGAAUUAUAAGAGAUGCUAAGAUUCAAUCCAAAAUGGUUGUGUGUUAAGGUAUUUUUUUUUUGAAUGAAAUUUUCCUUUUAAGCAAAAGUUCACUGAAAAGAUAUGGAUAUGUUAUUGAUAAAAAUUUUUAGAUAUGAUUUUUCUCUGUUCAAAAUUUCCCUUUACAUUCUUGUUGUCCAUCAUAUAUUGAGCCUUUGUUGACCAACAUUUUCUCCCGUUUUUAUUUAAGAGAACAUAAUCAGACCUAAUAGUUGUCAAAAUGUUGACCUCAUAUCACAUUGACCUGACCUCAGUCAUGUUGAAGGAUCACUACAACGUUUUAUGCAGCCAUUUUACAUUAUUUGUUACCUCAUGAUUGUGUCAUUAUGAUCAUCGUCAUAUCAAAGUCUUAUUUCGGGGUUUUACAGAUUCAGAAAACAUGACAACUUAAGUAGAAAGAAUCUUGAUUAGAUAUCAAAUGCAAAAUUUAUGUACACAUAUUCAAUUUUUUUUAAUAAGAAAAUUUUUUUUGAAUACAUUUCAAUUAUUUAUAAUGAGCUAGAGCUCUACCUCAGUUUUUUUUUUCUUUUAAAAUUACUUCAUUUUAUCAUUUUUACAUAUUUGUUUUGAAAUGUAAAAACUUGCUUGUAAAUAAGUGCUAUAUUUAUGUAUCAUGUAUCUGUAUAUUGACCAUUGAUAGAUUUCUCUGGUUUGAAUAAGGCAGGGAAAAAAUUAUUGCAUUGUUAAUAAACAUUACUUUUAAAACAUUGGCAAUUAAAUGAAAAAAAUCAAAUUAUUUACAAAAGUUAAAAAAUACAUUUACAUUCAUAUUUAUAGUUCUUAAAAAUAAAUGGCAAAUACAAAAAAUGUCCAGAAUUUUUGUCCCUUGAAGUGAAUUUGUUUGAAAAUUAUUUAAAAAAACCAAUGUAUAUAAAAUCUGUGUAGCAAAAUUGUUGUGUGUGUUUUUCAUUGUAACUGAUAACUGUUUGUAUGCUCAUCAGAACUCUGUUAAAUUAUUUAUGCAGCUUUUUGUCGUGUCUUUGGACAGACUUUAUAAUCCCGGUGCCAUAGUUAUUCUUUAAAUCUUGCUGUUGAAAAUCCUUGAUAAAAAUUUGUGAAUAAAACAGGAUUUUUGAAUAUGUAAUUUGAAAAUGACCACUGUUUUAUGUUAAUGAACGUACAUUGUGUGUUGGCUAUGAAGGUCUGUAAUACUAUAUAACCGUGAGAGGCAGGCGCGAGUGUUUGCUGUAGUGACAUACAAACUUAAUGGUCAGGAUUUACAAUUGUAAGACCUAUUUAUCUACCUCAAAUGAACCUGUUGUACAUUUCUUUUAAAGAAAACAGAUUUUUUUUCAGUGUAAUCUUUGCUAUUUCAUUGUCAUCUAUGAUAAAUUUUCAUGUAUCUGAUGAAUUAAAAUGUAUAAAGUAGAAAA